UACCGCUACACCGAAGAGAAUUAUGACCGACCAUGAAACGUUUCUGGCAUCACGUCAGUUCUCACCGGUCAAACAGGUGAACUAACAGCAGCUUGUGGCAGGCGCUCGAGAUGCCGUUCUACAUUCAGAACACGGAAACUCAGCUAGUGCUGGACGUCAAAGGAGGGGAGGAGGGUGCAGAAGCACAAGUGAUCAUGUUUGCUUACCACGGGGGCGCCAACCAGCUGUGGGAGUACAAGAACGGCAUGAUCUACAGCAAGUUGAACGGACUGGUGCUGGAUGUGAACCAGGAAACUGGAAAUGUGUCCACAUUUGAACCACAUGGUGGCCCAAAUCAGCUGUGGCACUUUGAAGAGGAUGGCACUAUCAGAAGCGAGACUGAUCAGGUGUUGGACAUAUCAGAAGGCAGCACAGAGCCUGGGGCACCCGUCAUCGUCUUCCCCAAGCAUGGUGGGCCAAACCAGAUCUUCAGGACUGUGACAGUCGAUGAGUGACCUGCACACUUCGGUUCCUUCCUCUCAGUACACAAUAAAAUGUAUUUACAGUUUUGUCUGACUUCUAUAUAGGAUCUGGAGAACCAUUCUACCAAGUUGCAGCAUCCUUUGUUAUUCUGUAGCCUUAAAAGCAAUUUCAAAAUAUGUAUAUGAUAUAUUGUUUAUAUCUAAUUAAGGCUUGCAAAUGAUAUUUAAAUAUUUUUAUUUUUCUAUGCAAACUAUGAACACAAAGUUCAACCAUAAAUUUUUAAAAUCAGUAACCAUCUGAAAUAGCUAACCUCAUAACUUGAAACAUUCUGGAAAGACAGCUACGUCAAUUUUACGCUGAACUUCAUUAAAAAACAAGGUUCACUAAGUUCUGCUAUUUUUUAGGGGUUCCUUCAGCAAAAGCUGAUAUUCAAAUUCCAAGACAAAGAGAGGGCUAACUUCCAUUGAUGUCAUCUUCUUCUCCUGUAGAUUUAGAGUUUUUCAAGGCGAUAAAUAUGGCGAUUCUUGUCUUCUGGAAUGUGGUGCAGUGUAAUCUGGCAUAAAGUCUCAAGUAUUGCAAAUGAACCUACUGCACCUGUAUUCAGGGUAGAAGAGUGUACCUAGAAGAUGAAGGCGAGAGAAUUCUGCAAAAUAUUUCCAACGUCCUACCAGGCUAUAUGGCACAUUCCAGAAGACAGUAAUAUUCACUUCAUAUUUUUUUUUACUGAAAACAAUGAAUUUUUGUAUAUUUUGGUAUUGACGGGAGUGACCUGGCACAUUUUCAUGUCACCCCCACUUCUCCAACCUCCUGUCACUUCAUCCCUCUUCGGUCCAAAUAUCCUCAACUCAACACCCUGUUCUCAAAAACCCUCAGUCUAUGUUCCUGCCUUAAUGUCAUAGACGACGUUUCACGCCCCUACAGAACCAGAGGCAAAAUUAUAGUUAUCCAUUCAUUCUAUGCAAUAAAAUUAAGAUUUCUAGUCUUUGAUUAAAAGAAUAUGAUUUUUCUCACUGA